AUGAGUCAGCAGGAGCUGCACGGGCCUGUCCAUGCGGGUGUUGCAGCAGGGGCGACUCCCUCCUGUGCAGGACGAGUGGAGGUGUCUGCUGAGCUUCGGAAGUGCCUCGCGUCCUUUCGCCAUCUGAAGCAGCUGCUGCUGUCCCCCUCAACGAGUCCGUUGCUGCUGCAGCAGCUGCUGCAGCAGCAAGCGCUGCAACAGCGGAUCAUCGCCCUCCGUUCUUCUUUUCUCUCUUGCGUUGACAGGGCCCUUCCCCCCUCCGUGUCAGCGGAUACAUGCAGAGCUCUGCAGCUGCUGCAGCAACAAUGGGCAAGGGGCGCUCGCUUGGCGGUUUGGGGAGGCGUUGAACCCGCAGCCGAAGCGGAUGGCGACAGCAGUAGUGGCAACAACAGCAGCAGCAGCAGUAGCAGCAGCACAGGCGUCCCGUGCUGUUGCUGCUCAGUGCCUUCAGAAGCCGUUCUCUACGAGUUGUUGUCGGCCUAUGUCUUGCGGCACCACAGCGGGCAGCAGCAGCUCUUACUACCCGCCUUCGAGGCCUCCCAGUUACGCGAGACUGUGGAUCCUAGCAAUCCUCAGGUUCUCAGGGAGCUAAGAGACGUGCUGCAGGAUGAGCAGCUCUGCAUGUUUUGGUGUCUUCAGUUCAUUUGCAUGCAAGCUGCACAGAACAGCAGCAGCAGCAGCAGCAGCAGCAGCACGCGGGGGGGGCUGACAGUGCAGCAGGUCUGCAAGGACUUUGCCGCCAUGCUCCUGCAGCAGCAGCAGCUGGAGGCGAAGCUGCUUCAGGUGUAUACGCAGCUGAACAAGCAGCCGGAUCCCUCCACGUGCUAUGCACGGCAGCACCUGCAACAGGCCGGCAGCAGUAAUUCCAAAAAGAGCGGCCGAAAGGGAGGCGAGGAUGCCGAGGCUGCCGCUUUCGAGCUGCACGAGUUGCUGCAACUGAGAGACACGCUACAACUGCAGGAGGCCGUUGUUCUCUGCCUCUCCGCCGCUAGGAGUGCUGCAAGGAAUUUGGAUGUUUGCAACACGAGCCCAAGCAUCAGCACGCCCAACAGGCGCUGGUGCAGCGAGAGUCUUUACGGCACCUGCUCUCUGUUUUACGAUGACAGGUUUUGUGGAGCUUUGGCCGCCCGCAGUGGUGAGAGACGGUCCUUGCUGCACAGUCGCCAGCUGCUGCGGCAGGCGCAGCAGCUCGGAGGAUCCUGUGCUGUUGCCGCUAUUUCCAGCAUUCCUCUGCAGCCGCUGCUCGAGAGUUGCGAAGGCCAUGGCAGCAGCGCUGCGGCAGCGGACGCUGCUGCUGCAGUGUGUGUCUUCGUCGAAAGCCCUAGCUUCGCCUCGCUGCACAGAGACGUGAUGAGCAGCUGCUUGCAGGAUAUCAAAGAGGCGCUUCAGCGGCAGAAGGACCAGCAGCAGGAGGCGCACAGAGGAGCGUCCUCCCCUGCGGCGUUUCCGCAGGGAGGGGGUGAAGUGUACGCAGACUUUCUGUAUAGCUGCUACAUCGAUCACCCUGCAGCGGCUGUGCUGCUCUUAGCUGCACACGCUGCAGUGCUCGCUGGAUACAAGCGCCUGCGAGGCAGCAGCACGGGUGGAAACGGGCUGCAGGAUGAGGAAAUCGACCUCUUUACAUCCAACACUGCCGAGUUCGUGAUGCCGCUGCUGCCGCAUGCUCUCCAGCAGCUCCUGCUGCAGCACGACCUGCUGCAGCAGCAGAAACAGCAGCAGCAGGAUCCGCUGCGGGAGGCGUUCGCUGCCCAGCUGCUGCUUCUCCUGGAUGCGUCUUUGAUGGCUUAUCCGUUGAAUCAACUGCAGGGCCUAGAGCUGAUGGUGCACUCCGCGUGUGAACUCCUCGCGCAACUGCCGCAGCAGCGAAACAGACUUUUCCAUCUCCUGCAGCAGACGUGUCUCCAGCGGCUGCAAACACACGGGAGUCGAGACAGCGGCAGCGGCCUUUUGCGGCUCUUGGGGAGCUAUCUGUCGCUGUUUCCAUACGGAGGGCAUCUUACGCUGCAGUUGCUGGCGGCUCUCAUCCCCCAGCCUCAGCAACUGCAGCUGCUGCCGGCAGAUGAAGAGACGGACUGCGAUGCAGCGGAUGUCGGUCCUGCGCUGCAGUUCUUGCUGCUUCUUUCCCAGCCGCUCGCCUCGGUGCUGUUACCCCCCACGGACGGCUUGGUUUUCGCCUCCAGUCCGAGCAGUGCAGAGAAGCCGCAACAAGAGCAGCGCGCGCUUGCCAGCAGCCUUGCAGCCGAAGGAACUGCUUCCUACACUGCUGCUGCACCCAUACCUAUAGAACCCUGCUUGGCACUGCUUCUCCAGCUGGACGCGCCUCAGGGGCAGCUCCUCAGACGACAGGGAUUCGACGCUUCUACCGCGAAUGGCGGCGUCAAAUGCUGGUCUUUUGUUCCCCCUGAUGCGCGAGGACGCGUCGUUUCGGUGCCUCUGUGGCGCUACCUCCAGAGUGCAGCAGCCGCCGAAGUGCUGCUGCUGCAGCAGCUGCGCGCAGAUUUCGCCGCAGAGGUCCCUCUGAAGCAGCAGGGAGGUGAGGAGGAGGACGACAACGCCUUCUGGCUAAAUAGUGAGCCCUCCCCCCCCCCGCUCCCUCCGGUGCAUCGGCAGCAGCAAGCAGAGAUUCAGCGCGAGCAGCAGCCGCUGCAACAACAGGCCUUCUGGUCGCUACAGACUGAUGGGUGCCGCCUAGAGCUCGCCAGUCUCAAAUUCCCAGUAGGGGAAGGCAUCCACAGCGUCAGCAACAUCGCCUCUACCCCCUGCAGCGACAGCCGAACCUUUUCAGUGUGGUGGGCAUUAGAGAGUCGAGGUCGCAGCGGGAAUAACCAGGGAUGCUUCUCUCUACUUAAGGCGGCAUGGCUCCUGCUUGAUCUGGGGUUGCAACAUCAAGAAAAUGAAGAGUGCGGACCGCUUCCAGAUCCUGCCUUCAGAGCCUUUGUUGCUGCCAGCGCUCUUUGGACCCGUGUAGCUGCGUGGCCUUCUGCUGCUCGCAUGGCAGCAGAGGCGUUGAUCGCAAAGGAAGUGUAUGGCUGUUCCUUGGAGGAUGCAGCAGCAGCUGCAGCGGAUGCGUUGCGUGGAGAUUCCUCGGAAACAUCAUCGCCCUCCUUUCUGCUGAUGCCUCGCAUGUACAAACUUACCUGCAUCGCUGCAAGGCGAAAUCAGCUGCGGCUGCUGCUGCCAGAGGCGCUCAGCGCACUGCGGGCGUGUUUGCUGCCAUGCUACGUUACGGAUGUGGACCGCUGUCUCCUGUUUGUACAGCAGCAGCAGCAGCAGCAGCAGCAGCGGGUCGCGUGCAAGUGCUUGGUAGAGCUGCCAGUGCAGCAUCACGAGCUGUUGCUUUCGCCGGAGUUGCUGCAUGCAGGCUGGCGUAUGUUGCGUUGUUGCUGCGCUGUGAGCGAGCAUCAGGGAGGGUGUCUGCCACUGCCCCAGCUGUUGGAGCUCCUUGCUGCGGUAGGCCUAGAAGAGCGACAGCUGCGAACUUUCAGAGUUAUGCAGGGAACGCUGCUGUUUUUGAUGCAGCUGCUUCUGGUGGUGCCUCCCGUCCUUUGGACAGUCCCCUGGCAGCAGCAGCGCUUGAUUGCAGCUGCGGCAGUGGCAGAGGGUCUGGAGCAGCUGCAGCAGAGCAGGCGUCGCCGCAGCAGUUUUGCAAGCGCUGCGGCAGAGGCGGGAGGGGGGGGCCAGCCUGCUGCUGCCGUUUCUUUAGCCCACACGUAUCUCUUGCCGCAGGUGCAGCAGCAGCAGCACCAAAGCGAUCUUCCGAUUGAGCAACUGGAGGCAGCAGCGCAGCAGCAAGGUCGGGCUUUCGCUGCAAUCUGUGAAUUCACCCUGUGUGGCGUCUUUGCCCGCAUGUGUGCGUGGGGCUUUCUGCAUGCGGAAGACCGCUGUGAGGUUGCACAGCUCGUGAUGCUCGUCUUGCUGCAGCUGCUGCCUUUGCUGCACUGGAGAGCUCAGCCAAGGGAGGCGGGGUCUCUCAAACUCGCGGCAAAGGAGACUGUGGCUCCUUCGCCGUGGGGGCGUAAAGACGGCGCUGGAAGCCUCGAGCACCUCGAAUCUACGACAGCCUCGUACGAGCUGCAACGCGACGCUCUUGCUGUGAAGGCGGCUGCGUUGAAGGGUUCUCAAAGACAGCUCGAGCUUUUGGAGGCGCUGCUGACGUCUUUGGCAGCGGCGAACGUCCCCGAGUCGCUAGCCGCAGUUCUGCGCUGCAACAUCGUGGCUAUGAGAGGCAGAGGAGCCGUGCAGUCCGCUGUUCCCUGGGAAAGUAGCGGUAAGGGAGGUAGGGGUAGGGGCGGUAGCGUCAGUUCCAGUCCCAGCAGCAGCCGUGCAACGAGUGAUGGACAAAUUCUACUCAGUUUUUCCUCUCCAGUCCUGCGAUUCUACGGAUCUCUGGACGUUGCAACCUUUGCUGCAACGUCGCGGCUGUCGGCUGCCGCUGCCGCUCUCCUAGCGACACCUCCGCUGCAGCAACUGCCGCAGCUCUGCUCUUUCGCGGAGAGUCCAGGCUUUUUCUAUAAGCUCCAGCAUUCGCAGCGAGAUGAGGAGGGCGAGGCUCAGCAGCAGCAGCAGCAGCUCGCCUUUUGCGAAUUUCCAAUUUCGCUCUUGCCGGAUGCCGUCUUCUUGGACCCUUACACCACGGCAGGCCGCUGGACGGGGCAGUGGAGCAAGUCUCUCCUGCAUCAGCAGCUGCCUUUCGCUGCAGCUGCUGCUACAGCAGGAGGUGCAGCAGCGGCUGCAGCCGCUGCUGCAUCCUCCGGUGCAGCGGCGGUAGCUCCCUGCAGGGAAAUCUCGCAGUGCGUAAUUCUUGGGGCUUUCGAGGCGCUGCAUCACCUGCUGCUGGCUGCAUGCAGUCCGAAUGCAGCUUUGCGUCUGCAGCGGUUAGCUGCUGAGUUACUGCGGCUCUCCUUACAGCAGCCCCCACAGCCGCAGUGCCAGAGUCUUGUGUCACCUUCAGCUGCGGAUGGCCUCCCUGUACAUCCCCACGAUCUCCUCGCAUGGCAGCAACAGCAGCACUUUGCCUUCCUUCUCGCGUCCAGCGGCGAAGACGCCAACACAGCUGAUGAGGGUGGCAGUAGCGUGAGUGCAGCUUCUUCUGCGAAGACGGGAAGAGCCGUCCAGCCGCCUCCUCCAGACAGGCUGCUAUACCCAGCCACCUUCCCUCAGUGCGUCUUGGCAUUCACGGACUCGCGCGUCAAAGUUACAGCAGUCUCGGUGCUCAACCUGUUGUGCGUCCUGUGGAAGCAGCAACAGCAACACCUGCAGCAACAGCAGCAACACCUGCAGCAGCUUCAGCAGCAACAGCAACAGCAGCAACACCCGCAGCACCUGCAGCUGCUUCGCGGAGGCAGGGGUAGAAGCUGCACGGGCAGUGGCAAGAGCAGUGCUGUCUUCUGCCUAGCUGCUGCCCUCGCAUUCGAGCCAGAUGACUUGCAAGCUCUGCUUCAAGAAACACAGAAAAUGCAAACGCCAUGCGGCGUGGCGAGGCCUAACGGCAGCACCCGCCGUUGGUUGCGGACGCUGUACACAGACCGCUUUGUUGAGCGCCUACUGCGGCAUUUAUAUGCGAAGGAGCAGCAGCUGCUCGAGUUCAGGCUGCUGCUACUGCAGUUGCUACUCCUCGCCCUCGACAGUCAGCAGCAGCUGCUGCUCACCGGCGAGGAGUCCGCGUUUGCAGCAACUGUGCAGUUUUCGCAACAGGUGCUGCUUGACGUGCUGCAACAGCAGCAGCAAAAACAACAACAGCAAAGCCAACAGCCAGAGCAGAAGUCUGCAGGCAUUUUGCUGGGGGAACUCAAAGUCUUGCGGCUAGCUCUGCUGCUGCUGCAGCAGACGAUCUGCGUUCACAGGCCUCGUGACGGACUGCAGCAGUUGCUGCAGCAAAGCAGCAAAGCGGCACUCACACCCCUCCGCAGCACCAGCAGCGGGGUAUCAGGGGGCUGCCUGGAGGCUACGCCGCUCUGUCCAGGUGGAUGGGUGCUCUUGUUGCAGAUCGCGCAACUUUUGCUGCAGCAAUGGGAACACAUUGGAUGGGGAUACGGCGCAGAGUGGCUAGCUGCAGCGGCAGAGCAUGCAAAAGACAGCAGUCCGCAGCACUCGCUGCAGCCGGAGAACCUUGAGGGGAUGUAUUCGUGGAAUGGAGAAUGGGGGCAGCCUCCACAGCAGCAACUCGGGGGGCAGGCGCUGUACCAGCGGCGCAUGCAGCCGCUGAAUUCAACUGUUGCCUCUGCAAGCAGGCUGCUCUCUGCCGCUGCUGUUGACCUCCCGCUGUAUGCAAACGCUAGUGGCAGCAGCAGCGCUAAUAACAGCAGCAGCGGAGCCAGCACCAGUAACACAAACAGUGGCAGCGGUAGCAGAUCCAGCGAUCAGCAUCAGCAGCAGCAUGAAGACAUGGAGGAUUACGACGCAUGCACUCCACUGCUUGCAGCAGUCGAGAUAUGUGGGGCCUUAGCAUCCAUCUGCAGCAUUGCUGCAACGCAGUUGCGUCACCUCCCGGUGGCAUUGCGCAGCAGCAGCAGUGGCGGCAACAAGAGCAGCAGCAGCGGGGGGGGUCCCCCCCACAGCGACAUCGCUGCGUAUGCGCCGUUUUUCGCAUGCUUGGAGUUUCUUGCCUUCGAUCAAGAACUGCUCAGUGCGCUGUUUCCAUUGCAAUCGUUACAGCCUUCGCAGCAGCAGGAGAGGGGGUUGGCAGCCGCCAAUCCUGGUGUCGUGCCGCUGCGCUCUGCAAUGGACUGUUGGAUGGAAUUACUUCGGGCAGCACCUCCGGUGUAUUUCGAGUUCGACGGCUGUGCGGCUUUGCUCGCUGCACACGCCGCGUGCAGAAACAGCAACAGCAGCAGCAACAGCAGCAGCAACAGCAGCAGUUGCCUGCUCUUCACGAAGAAAGAGUUUGCAGUUCUGCCGCAAGAUACAGAAAGGGCAAGCCUCUGCCUCGCCGGUACGGGUCAGUACGGUGCCUCGUUUUGCGUCGAAGGCAGACUGCUUCUCUUCCUCUCCCUGCAUUGCAGCCUGCAGCGCCAUCGGCUGCUGCAACAGCACCCUCAGCUUCCACACGCGUCGCUGUUGAAGGACCAGAAGCAGCAGCAGCAACAACUGAAGCAGCAGGCGCUAUUUCAGUCCGUCUUCGCGCCGUGGAUACUUGCUGGGCUAGCUGCCCGAGUGUCGGUGGGAGCGUCUCUUGCUGAGUCGCAGCAGCAGCUACUGCAGCGGUAUACGGCGUUGUUUCUUGCGUGCCGAGAUGCAGCUGUCUAUCCGCUGUACAUUCCUAGGCCUAUUGUUGGCAGCAGUAAAGCUGCAGAGAGCCUCGCAACCUGCGAACAAGCGCCUUUCGCUCCUAUGCUGCUGCCAGUCCUCUCAGUCCUUGCGACAGCUGCCUGCUACAGACAGGAUCUCCUCUACCGCCGUGGCUUCUUUGAGGCUGCCGCAUUCGCUGCUAUCCAACUUUUGACUGCCAAUUGGUGCACGGACCUUCGAGCGAGCAAGAAGCUCUCCCCGUCGAGCGGCAGCAGUUCUACAGACGAUCCCACCAGCAGUACUGCCUCCACAGCAACCGCGCAGCAGCACCAGCAGCAGGGGGCUUCUCUUGCUCUGGAAAUGCUACUCGGCUCCGGAGGAGUGACGUGCUUGGCGCACACGGUGCAGCCCGCACUGCUAGCGCCUCCCCAGCAGCAGCAGCAGCAGCAGCAGCAGCAAUCGCUUCAGGCAGGUGCUGCUCUGCAGCAACCCCUUUUCGACGGCGCUGUCUUCAUUCCCUCCACAGACGUGCUGCAGUGCCUCACCAGCCUCAGUGCCGCCGGAGCGGAGAAAGAGAAGCUCCGGCCGGAGGGAGUCUUAUACGCUGCACUGCAGGGUGUACUGGCAGUCAUAGACUUAGUGCAGCACGCGCUUGGCACAGGAGGGGCCGAGCCGCAGCAGGUGAUGCAGCAGGUGCUGGUGGAAGGGCUGUCUUUGCGGCAGCUCGAUCCUCCAGAACUUUUGAGCAUCUGCAAUGCAGCCAUAGACUUCUUUGCCGUUGCAUCGAGCGUUUGGCCACACUUCUCGCUGCAGCAGAGACAGCAGCAGGUGGGGUUGCAGGGAGCAGUUGGACCGAAGAAGAAACAACAGCGCUGCGACACAGAGGAGCUUCUGUGGUUCCACUGGCGCAACGGCGUCGGCGAGCUGCUGUGCAGCGUGCUGCACAGUGCAUGGAGAAGCAGCAGCCUCCAGCCGCAUGCAACGGCAGCAGCAGGAGACGCAACGGGGUGUACAGGGCAUGCCAUGUCAGCCUCCUGCGUGCCAGCGGAAGAACACCUGCGGAAAGUUUCCCUAGCGCAACAGCGCCUGUGUCCAAUGCUCAUCUCUGCUGCCAGCAACUUGCUGCUGCAUGCGGAAGCGGCGGCUCUGCUGCUGCAGCGGCAGAAGGCGCUAGCGCCAGAAGGACUGCUGUUGCAGCAGCAGACGCAGAUGCAGCAGCAGCAGCAGAUGCAGCAGCAGAUGCACGGGCUGUCACAACGACCAACCAUGCUGAUGCCUCCUCCCUUUCCUGGAGGGCCUUUAGGAGGCCUCCCUUCUGAGGCAUCUUCACUGGAUUCUGCAGCGGCAGCACAGACUCAUUGUUCUCUUGAUGCGUGGGAAGGCGCUCAGCAGCACGUGUCUGCGACUGUGGCGGCAGCUCUCACGGCUCUGCUGCAGCGGUGUGCAGCGGAGGCUUCAGGUCAGUACCUCUAUCGCAUGUCUGAGAGCACUGGAGGCGCAGCAGCAGCAGCAGCUGCUGCUGCUGCUGCUGCGCCACCCCUCGCCUUCUUGCUGCAGGGGGCAGAGGGCUUCACAGCAAGUGCGCCCCCAGGAACGCGUGCAGAAGCAGCCCGAUGCAGCGUCAUCGCCGGAGGGAUCCUCUUCUUGUCUCAUCUGCUCAAUAGCGGCUGCCAUUUGCCGUGGAAUGGAUUUUCCUCAGCAGCAGGACCCCACUCCCACCCUCAAGAGACAGCAGUCGUCGCUGCCGCUGCCGCUGCCUCGAAAGGAGCAGUUUUGCCGCUUGCGGAGGUGCUGCUGCUCGAGGGAUUCUUCCAGCGUCUCCUGUUGCAGCAGCCGCUGCUCUCUCUUGUGGCGCUCGAUGGCAACGGAGCCUCGGGGGGGCCCCCAAGCUCCGCUUCUACACGGCCACCUUACGACGCUGCAUGCGCUGCAGCAGCAACAGCAGCAGCAGAAGGCGCCGCUCACCCAACGCUGAUGCGGCGCUCCCCAGUGCAUCUCACCUACUGUCGCGUCCUCCAGCUGCUGCAGCAAGUGCUCGAGCACCUGCAGCAGCAGCAACAACAUUGCCAGCAGCGAGAAGUGCCUCAGGAAACUGUUCGGUCUGCUUUAGGGAUUCUCCGCUUGCUAACUCCUAGGCUGCGCUCUUUAUGCAAGCACCCUCUGCAAGGAGUUUCUCUGGCCAUCGCUGAGGAGGCACUGCUCUACGUAGGCAUCAUGCGACGGCUGCCUGCGUGGCAGCAGACGCCAGAGGACUUGCGGCGCGGAUUGCUGCUGUUACUGCAGAUUGUAAAUGGCGUUGUUUCUGCCAUACAGACGCUGCAACUUGUACUUCCGGUGUCUCACCAGCUGCCUCCGCCCCCCGGUCUGCAGUUGCCGCUGCAGCGGAGUGGCGGCUGCGGCGGGAGCUGCGUUCCUCUGCCGAUUGGUGUUUCCCGGGAGCUGUACAUACAGCUGCUGAGUGCUGAUCCUGCGGUGGGGCUGGAUGCCGCGCGGCGGGUGCUACAGCAGCAGCAGCAGCAGCAGCCGACGUCAUCGUCUCUCAUGCUGCAGUCGGCAGUGAGUGGAGGGGAGAGCGCUGCCUCACCAGCAGGAGGAGGUGCUGCAGCGGGAGACAGCUUUUCCUGGAUGCCACCGGUGUCUGUCCGCCUUGGACUCUUGGGGGGCCCCCUGCCCUGUCUUGCUGUGUUUGCUGCUGCUGCCGGCGAUGCACAGAGACGCGGCGAGACCAGCAGCGACGCAGAAAUCCUCGCACUUUCAGCGACUGCCGACCCUUUCAAAGUCUUGUGCCUGCGGCACGGUGUGAGUGUCUGUGAGUGUUUGUGUGCAAAUUCUCUUUGA